CACUCAAACUGUGAAUAUCAACAUGCAGCCCACUGGCACGAUUCCAGAAUCGGUGUACCAAAAUGAAACUGCUAUCAUCGAGGAUGAUGAGCUUUAUGGCGAUCACACAUUGUGAUUCAAGGCCGCCUGGUCCUGCGGGAGCGUCUGCUCCCGCAUAUCACAUCGGACAAUGGUCUUCUGCUUCCCCAAUAUUGGGAUGUCGCUUGCCCCAUGCAACAGGGUAUUGGGUAUGCAUGAGUCGAUCAUGUUGCAUGAUGCCUCGCGUGUCUGACGUAGCACCUCUAUCACUAAUAACUAUGAUAACACGAUGAUAUUCCAGGAUCCUUUCGGGGACUGGGCCUCUCUUGGUUUUCGUCGCUCUUCACGGAUUACGUUCCAAUAGAGGUAAGUAGCAUAUAUGCGUUCGCGCUAUGUUAUCUGACUCUUCAAGAGACGCUUUUCAGAGUGUGGGAUGUCUUUCUUGUUGAUGGACUCGCUGUUCUCUUCCGCGUCGCCUUAGGCAUCCUUCGCAGUAACGAACAGGAGCUGAUAGAAUGUGAAUCCAACUCCGCUGUUUAUGUAUCUCUAGAGAACUUGCCUACCAGGAUGUGGCAAUCCGAUAAACUACUACCCUGACCGAUUGGGAUUAGCUGGAGCUCGACCUUAGAAACACGAUCUCGCACGCAGAUCUCCACCGGAGACGAGAAAUACACGUUGUUGCACUCAAGCAUCUUAGGGCAUAGCUAUACUAAUCUUCCACAUAGCUAUUGUUUCAAUUGUUGUUGCUCAGUAUAUCAUGUAUCGCUUGAAAUACAAUUUGGCUGGACUGAA